AGAAUCAUAGACAUUUCACCGGGCCUUCCUGGCGCAUACAACAUCGCCGGCCCCCUUUUUUUUAAUAAAAAGACACUGCGGACGCCCUCAACACCAAAACCCGGCCUGAAGCAACGCCGGUUCCGCUGCUUGCACGCCCCGACCUGCGCCCCCACAGACGCCCCGAAAUGGCAUCCAACGUGUCGCCGUCGUCGCAGAAAGUGGACGACUUUCUCUCGAAAAUCUCCCAGCUCUCGCAGGACCGCUUGAAGGAGAACCAGAAAACACGCCGCAGUCUCCAGGCGCACGUCGCCGCGCCCCGCCACAGCGUGCCGCCCGACGGGCCGGAUUGGUGUGCGUCCGGCGACUUUGGAGUCAGCCAGCUCUCGUUCAACCGCGCCGGCCGCGGCCCGCCCGUGCCCGGAGGCGCCCAGAGGCCGCCUGCGCCGACCCCGUGGCGAAAAACGGACGCCAGCACCGAAAACCGCGCGCCGAAGGGCCUGCCGGACGACCCACACGGCCCAAACGGCGAAAAACGGCCGCAAAACGCCGCCGCCGUGCCGCCGCACCGUGCCCCGGCCUUUCCGCAGAGGCCGCCGCGCAAGCCUGAGCAUUUGCGUGUCCCGGAGCUGUCUGGGGGGCCCGAAUCGCCCACAACAUCCGACCAGCCGGGACCAUCCGACCAGCCGGGACCAUCCGACCAGCCCAAAACACCACUGCGGCCCCACAAGCCCUCCGGCCUCUCCGGCACGGAAACACAGACACAGCGCCGGCCCCGGGCAGUCCCGGCGGCACGUGACCAGCCGUUCCCCGGGCUUCUACGUCCGGUGGCAAGCAGAGGGUCUGCGGCGCCGUUCUCGAAGGCCGGCCAGCCCACUGAACACGGCCGUGAUUCCGCGUUUGUGGCUACCCGAAACAGCAGCACGCCGCCGGAGCAGCGGCCGGCCGGAAUCGCGACAUUCGGCGACAUCGAGAACAGAACCACGCCCCGCCCUGCUCCUCUGGCGGCGGCCACCCCCGUUUCACAUGCAGGGCGGCAGCCGGAUUCGGCUACGCCCAUCUGGAACCCGGCCUUGAAGCCCGCUAUGCCGGCCAGGCCGCUUAAACCCACGCUCCGCUCGUUCGAGAGUAACGACACCGAGCUUUUAAAAGACCAGAUCCGGCGCCUCUCGCCCACAAAAGCUCGGCCGGCCGGAAGGACACGGCCAGAAAGCCCGGUGCCGGACGGCGCCUCCGAAACCGGCACGACUCCUGCGGCCGCUGCCCGGCCAGGCCCCGAAACGCCGCACGGCUUGAGGCCCUUGAAACCUUUGAAACCAAAGGCCUUGCUCCACGAGCCCGAGGCGAUGCUUGCACGGGGGAAUCUCCGCAAACUGCCGCCAAAACACCCUGAGCCCGAAUGCGUACCGGAGGCGCUUCAAAGACUCCAGGCAUUGCGGCCCAAGCCAAAGACGUCUGCAAGGGCAAACGACAGCAUCGGACCGAAUGGGGGCACAGGAAGGAAUGGGGGCACAGGAAGGAAUGGGGAUAUAGGAAGGAACGGGCAGAUGGGAAGGAACGGGCAGAUGGGGACCAUUGGGGAAAUGCCCAACCUCGGAAACGGAAGCACCACCAAGCCUUCGUUUGAGCGCCCCACCAAAUCCCAGCCCGCAGCGGUUCCUGGGACUGUCAAAUAUGGGCCGGCAGACCCCGCAUUUCUGCACCCGCAACCCGUGGAUUUCCAAGCGCAUCUUGCCAGUAUCAUCCGGGCGCAGACAGAGCCUUCUGUGAGCACACUGACAAAGACUAAGCCAGUCCCCGAUUUACAAAGGGCAAGCACUGUACCGGAAAACGGCCAGAAACUUGCCCACCCAAACAAGUCUCGUGCCCGAGGCCCCAAGCGGAAACUCCCCAAACAGGGCUCGAAGCCGCCCCUGGAUAAUUUGUCGAACCCGCGAGUGCUGGGUCUUGCACCAACGGCAACAAUGCCCAGCCAAAAGGAAGCCAUUAUGAAUACAGGGAAGAAGGUCAUUUCUGAGAACACCCAACCACCACUGGGCGUGGCGGCACCUAUAAGUGGUGCUACGGGCAUGUUGCCUGUCAAGCCAAAGAAAGUGCCUCCUCCCGUAGCACGGAAACCCAACUUCGAGAUAAGACCGAGGAAGAUCAGUGGUGAGUUGUUUCUCUAGAAUCGGCGCUCCGUAACACUCCGAAUCGACUUCUGAUGUACCACACACGAUUAGACAAUCCCCAAUGACUUUUCUACUGCUGCCCCAUGCGUGCCUUUAAUGCAGCUACAAGCUCGGGUUUCAAGUGAGCACCGAGUGUUUGAGAUAUUGGCCUCUCUUUUUUUUGUCCACUACCUCAUGUGCUCCUCUUACUUGUAUACCGUUGUUCAUGAGCCAACAAGCUAGAAAUGGUCUCCACGUGUCUUGUCAGCUGACGACAGCAGCAAGGCUAAAUAAGUGAUGACAGCAACAAGGCUAGAUAUGCGAACCUGUCAUGGCUAUGGUCAAAGCAAUG